CUCACCCUCUUUAAUUAUUGGCUGCAACACUCUGUUUACUACUUGACCAAUCAAUAGCGGUAAAAGCUCGCUGUUCCGGUUCAGUGAAUAACUGCCAACCAUCCGCAGAUGCAGAACUAAUCUAGGAGAAAUGGUGCUCGGAGCGUCAGGGAGCAGCAGUCUUCGGGAAGCUGAGUGGUGAUUCUAAACACAAGGAUAACCGUGAACUUCUGGGAAUAUGAGCAAAGAAGACGUGCAAUGUCGACCUGCGUCUUUGAAAUUUACUAUAGAUAACAUUUUAAAUCUGAAGCAAAAUAAUAAAGAAUUUGAAAUUUCCCAUGCCAAGCGACACACAGCCGCAAAUACCAAAAGUGAUUUUCAUGGACGGCCGGAGGAUCAGGUAAUGAACGGUAGACAUGGUCCUGGCUACAGAAUAUCACCCACUGAACAAAUUAGCACUGACUAUUACAGUGCUUCAACACACAGCCUCUCAGGAAACAGAGAAGAGGUCCUAAAAAGAACUGAAAGCAAUUCAAGGUGUGAAAGUACAGAAAGCAGUGAAGAUGGCGCUUCUCAGCAUAAAGUAAACAAGAAGAAUAAAUUGAUAGCGAAGAAGAAAACUCGUACUAUUUUUUCAAAAAGACAGAUUUUCCAGCUGGAAUCAACCUUUGAUAUGAAGCGGUACCUGAGCAGUGCAGAAAGGGCCUGCUUGGCAAACUCUUUACAACUAACAGAAACUCAGGUAAAAAUUUGGUUUCAGAACCGGAGGAAUAAGCUGAAGCGGCAGUUAUCCAAUGAACUUGAAUGCCCCAACACUGCUGACCACUUUUCUGAUGCUGGAAAAACUUUACAUCUGCCAGCUGUUUAUAAAGAAAGCAAUAUUUUGGGUAGAUGUUUACUUCCAAUGCCUUUCCCUAUUGUUUAUCCUGGGAGCAGUACGCCUUAUCUUUGCUUUUCAAGUGCCAGCAAAUAUUUUAAUCUUUUUGAUGGAGAUGUAUAACUUUAAAACUAUUUACUAUACAGUAUAUAAGAAGAUACCACAAUACACAAUGAGCAUAUAAUCAAGAUAUGGGUUAUUCAGUUUUUUUAUACUGCACACAUCUUAAUUUGAAUUGUGUUACAAGAAGGGAUAAUUUUAUUUUCAUGUUAAAUCUUUCUCUUAUCUCAAGUAUGCAUGAAAAAUUACUUACAGGAGAAUGGCAUAGGCCUAUAUAAUUUGCAUUCAUGCCAUUAUCUAAAACGCCUUUGCAUUUUAUGC